AUGGCUUAGCUGCGUCUUCGUGAGAGAUAUAUAAAUAAGCGAUGCUCACCACCACACGUCAACGAUAUCAUUUUCCCAAUCUUUCUCAGGCUGUUCAACUCUGUUUUGUCAUCUCGGCGCUGGAGUUUGCUGUGCGGUGGCUGGUGGGGCGGCCACUGCGGCUCAACGAGGCAUUCUGUAGUAUAAGUUGCGGCAUCCUUUUUGAGGCAUUCAGAGUGGUGAUCUCCGGAACGGUGAUAAUCGAGUACGAGUGGCUGUAUCAGUACCGCCUGCUGGACUGGCCCUGGGACGCCCUCUACACCUGGCUGACGGCGUUUCUCCUGGUCGACUUCUCUUAUUACUGGAUCCACCGGGCCUACCACGAAGUGAAUAUCUUGUGGGCCUUGCACCAGGUCCAUCACGGCAGCGAAGACUAUAUUUUUACAACAGAUUUUCGUGUAUCAAUUUUCCAAAGAGCUGUCACCCUGAACUUGUAUACGCCUUUGGCACUAGUGGGCAUCCCUUUCCCUGCAUUGCUCGUCCAUCUCAGUCUGAACAAUAUCUAUCAGUUUUGGCUACACAACACUUUCGUCGGCAAACUUAGACCCCUGGAGUGGGUGAUUGCCACACCUUCCUUCCACCGUGUUCACCAUGGUGCCAACAACUGGUGUCUUGACAAGAAUCACAGCAGCGUGCUCGUUCUGUGGGACCAUCUCUUCGGCACCUACGAGCCGGAGCGCGAAGACACUGAGAUCGUGUACGGCCUCACGCAGCAGCCGCAGACACACAACGCCCUCUACCACCAGUUCUUCUACUUUGGCGAGGUGUUCCGCAAGGCUCGCAGCAUGUCUACUUGGACAGACUCUCUGAAGGCAGUGUUCUAUGGACCCGGCUGGACCCCAGGGUCUCCGCGCCUGGGGGACCCUGCCAAGUUUCCUGACGUUACAGCUCCCAGAACAAAGUAUGACCCUCAGAUUCCCCGUUGGCAGCUACUGUACGUCGGUUCGCACCUGGUUGUAACAGCCUUGCUACAGCAACAUCUUCUCACUCUGUUCUCGACUGCCUCCUGGGUGACCGUGAUGGUGUUCCUGGUCUUCAUCACCUGUUCUGUGGGCUUGGUGACCGCCAUGAUGGACGGCUGGUGGUGGGCGGGACCAGCAGAAGCUGUCCGCUGCAUCGUCUUCCUACUCUACGCUCGUUCCUUAUUUGUUACGCACGUUCCUGCUCUGGACGCCGCCCUCACCCUCUUCUUCAGCCUGUGUGCAUUCUUCUGGACGAGUCACAGCUUGGCUCACGGAUACGCCGCCGCUAAGACUCAGAAAAUACAAUGAUUACUGUAAUGUUGGUCUAAUUACUCUGAUAUGAGGAAUCUGUUCACCAGUUUUCUCAUGACUUGAUUCUAUCGUCUCCAUUCGAAUUGUUAAAAUCACAGUAAUAACUAUAUGACUACAGUAAAAUAUCUCCUUUGAAUUUUACGACAUAUCCUGAGGGCUGAAAACUUUGUAUUCAAUGAAUCAAUUGAUUAAUUGGGAAAAUCUUCUGUUGCUAGCUUUUUUUUUUGUUUGUUUGUUUACUUACUCAUCUGCUUCAUUGUUUUUUUAC